GAAUGAAUACAUUUUUGACCUCGUCAUAUAAAUAAGUUACUUAAGGAAGAGUGAAUGCUUAGACGGACAUAAUGAGUGUUUUUUCCGACUUUUUGUAAACUUCCCAGUGAUAAAAAACUGAAUUUUUUUAUCGAUACUUUGCGACUUUUGUUCAGAUACUUGUUAGUGUAGUUCAUCGUGAAUCGUGAUAUCGUAUCUUAGUAUAAAGCAGUCUAUUUAUUUGCUUUGUUCAUUAUUUUAAUGAAAACCCAAUGAUGUCUUCGUUAAAGUUAAUUUCGUGUCUAAUCCUAGUCCUUCUUUGCGUUCUCGAAUCGGGAGUCCAAGGAAAAGAAGAUGUUCCCCUAACCAAGUUCGGCUCUAAAACGGGGCCUACAUUGAAAUUUUUCUACUGCUACUCUUGUGGAUACAGAAAAGUAUUCGAAGAAUAUGUUGGCAUUCUGAGACAGAAGUAUCCGGAACUGCAAAUUUAUGGGGAGAACUACAAUCCCCCGGGAUAUAGCAUUUUAAUGGCCAAGUUCCUGGGGAUAGCAAAAAUUCUAAUCAUAGUUCUAAUACUCAGCGGAGUUAAUAUAUUCCAAUGGAUCGGUCAGCCAGCACCUUUCGUUUGGCAGUGGUGUAUCGACAAUCGUCUCUACGCUUGUAUUUUGCUCUUCUUUAUGAGCAAUGCUGUAGAGGGCCAAAUGAUUUCAUCAGGAGCUUUCGAAAUUCACUUCAAUGACGUUCCUGUGUGGUCGAAGUUGGAAACGGGAAGAAUACCUCAACCACAAGAAUUAUUCCAGAUAAUCGACAACCACAUGCAAAUGAUGUUUCCGGAAAUGGACAUGGCGAAACCGAUGGCUUUCAGCAAGUAGCGCGAGGAAGUGUUUGCAUUUCAAGGAUUGAAUGCGUAAAUUAAGUUUAAAGACGUUCGAAACGUUUUUCUUUGGAAUAAGAUAAAGCUAGUUAAAGUGUAAUCGAGCCCAUGUUGUUGAAAAUUUCAUUCGUCGUAUUCCACUUUGUUCGUUUUCCUAUUGCUUCGUAUGCAAUUUUUAAACAGAAUCAUUGUAGAACUUAAGGCACUAGACUAAAGAAGCGUGGCUCUAGGUCUAUUAAAUUAAGUCUGAAAAACAAAUGUUAAAAAACUGUUAAGCGUGAAAAGAAAAGGGUGAAGAGUAUUAUCUUUGAGCGGAUGUUAUGUUAAAAUUACGCUGGCGUGAAAUGUUUGAUGUGGUUGGGUCGCUUUUUGUAAACGAUUUUGGGGUCAUUUGAAAAAUUGGUCUAACUUGUCUUUCAUAACAAAUUUUUGGACAAUUUCACGAUAAUUAUUUCGCACUUUUUACGUGCCUUUCAUCGGCGCAUACACAGAAAUCGUUUUUACAGUUUAAAUAAUACAAAUAAAAAAUAAUUCGCUCUUCACUAAAAGAUUUUCUGGAGAGGAGAAACUUUUCUUAAUUGCAUUCUGUCACAUGAAAUUUAGGAUGAGCAUUUAAUCACAAGAGAAUAGUUGACCAAUUCCUUUUAAAUGACUUGUUGACAUUUUUUAAAGUUAGAUUGGUAGUAUAUAUAUAUAUAUA